AUGGAUGAUAUAGCGUCCGAGUCUCAAGUCUCGACAGAUCUCUCGAUGCAAGAAGCCUGUCAAGACAAUACCGCCAACCCACAAGCCAGCCCAGACUUGGGUCUUGUGCAUCUUCCGGCCGAGAUCCGCGUGAUGAUAUACGAAUACACGUUUGCCAAUCAAACUGUUCACAUUCAUCCCAAGGCCGCCGAUCCCGUUGGAAACCUCUACCUUUUGCGACGCCAUGGGCCGCGGAAAUACCAGCCUGUUGCCUCUUUGCUCAUGACAUGCCGCCUGAUUCGCAAUGAAGCGGCACCAACUUUCAAUGCGCUUGUCAUUUUCGAUCUAACUCCGUACUACAAUUGUAUGGCGGCUGCGUACGAGCUGGGACCAGACAUGUGCCAGACCAUCAAGGCCAUACGGGUCGAGCCAAGGCUUGCGAAAACGCUCUUUGCAGGGCUCAAGCAAGGCUUGACGCCGAAUACACACUAUCAGCAUCUUUUGCCUUCGCUGCAGCAUGUCUAUAUCCAGGAUGGCCCGCUUUUCGGCGUCUUGGCUUUAAGUCAUGGGCUAGCCGUCAGGGCCUUGAGGCAUUAUUUUGGACAUGAAGAUUUGCAAGUUCACUUUACUGGGUGAUUUUGAAUAGUCUCAGUAGUUGGUACUUGGAACCAGGAUACUGGAUAAUAACGCCCGGGUAUGCACUUUUGGUGUCGUCCGUCAACUAUCACAUGCUUUGUAGUCACUGCUACAUCAAAGGCGAUAUGGUCUCAUUGAAACCUUGUCAGCUAUUCAGCCAGCGAAGGACCGGAAUAUCUACUCUUAUUGGCACUCCUACAAUAAGAUCUACACAUACUUGAUCAGCGAGAUCAAGUUUCGCUCCGACUUCCUUAGGUUGUAGCCUUGUCGCUACCCAUUCAUACAUCUUGCAAGACGAAGGGAGACAUCGAUAAUAAUAAAAAGCGCGUUGUUAGAGACAGCAUGAACAUAAU